CUCGAGGGACGAGAGAUGGCGGCUGCUCCCCUUCAGGGUCUCUGCGAGGACGUCACUUGCUCCAUCUGCCUGGAAUAUUUCAAGGAUCCCGUGAUCACAGAAUGUGGGCACAACUUCUGCCGAGCCUGCCUGACCCAGAGCUGGGAGGGGUCGGAGGGCGAAGAGAUUUCCUGCCCUCAAUGCAGAUCAAACGUGCGGAGGAGCCUCGUCUCCAACCGGCAGCUGGCCCUCCGUCUCCAAGAGGAAACGAUCACUGAGAGAAAGGGGGGAGCCUGUGGGAAGCACCGGGAGCCCCUGAAGCUCUUCUGCAAGGAUGAUGAAGCCCCCAUCUGUAUGGUGUGUAAAUGGUCGAAGGAGCACCGAGAGCACCUGGUGGUUCCUCUGGAGGAAGUUGUCCAGGAGUACAAGGAUCUUAUCUACAGCCACCUGAAGCUUCUGGAGGAGGAAAGAGCUGAAAUUUUAACAUGCAAAGCAAAUACAGAAGAAGAAAGCCAAGACUUACUUAAAGAGACAAAGGCAGAGAUGGAAAAGACAAAGGAACUGUUCAGAGAACUUCACUCCUUUUUGAACGAACAAGAGGAGCGUCAGUUGGCCCAUCUGGAACAGGUGGAGAAGAAGAUUGCAAGGAAAAGGGAGGAGCACCUGGCCAGGCUCUCCAGAGAGCUCUCCUCUCUUGGAGGUCUCAUCCAGAAGAUGGAGCAGAAGCGUCAGCAGCCCCCAGGUGAACUCCUGCAGGAUGUCAGAAACCUCUUGCAAAGGCAUGAGUACAAGGAACCCUUUCAGAAUCCUGUGGCUUUCCCUCCUGAGCUGAGGUGGGAGAUCUGGGAGAUCCGUGAGAGGAAUCAAUUUCUAGCUGAGAAGACAAAACAGUUCAGAGAUAGUACUGUUUUAUCUGGAUCUCUACUCCCCGUCUUUUCUGGUCAACCCGUCAUGGCUACUGGUGGUAGUGGGACUCCCGUCCAGGAUCUCUGCGAGGAAGCCACUUGUCCGAUCUGCCUGGAUUAUUUUGAGGAUCCGGUGAUCAUUACAGGCUGCGGGCACAACUUCUGCCGAGCCUGCCUGACCCAGUCCUGGGAGAAGAAUCGUGUGAAUAAGGCGGCUUCGUGCCCUCAGUGUCGGAAACCCUCCCGGCAGAGUUGCCUCUUGCCAAACCGGCAGCUGGCAGCCUGUGUGGAAAUAGCCAAGAAACUUAGGGAGGGAGAAAAGGGGAAAGUUUGCGAGACGCACCGGGCGCCCCUGACGCUCUUCUGCAAAGACGAAGCGCUCUCCCUCUGUGCCAUGUGCGAGAAAUCCGACCAGCACCGGGAUCACGAGUUGGUUCCUCUCGAGGAGGCUGCUCACAAGUACAAGGAGUUGAUCUUUAGCCGCUUGGACAUCCUGAGGAAGAAGAGAGAGCAAAUCCUGACACAGAAAGAGGAUGCAGAAAAGGAAAGCCAAGAUCUGUUUAAAUCAACAGAAACAGAGAGGCAGAAAAUGGUGGCCCAGUUUCAGGAAAUGCACCGGUUUCUGGAAGACCAGGAGAAGCUUUUUCUAGACCAAAUGGAAGAGGUGAAGAAGGAGAUUGCAAAGAAAAGGGAUGAGCAUCUGGCCAGACUCUCCAGCAAACUAACCUCUCUUGAAGGUAUCAUUCAGGAGAUGGAGAAACAGUGUCAUCAUCAGGUAGCAAGUGAGUUCCUGCAGGGUGUGAGAAGCGCUUUGGAAAGGAGUGAAGAGAGAGAGAUCUCUGAGGAUGUCCCAGCAGCUUUCUCUCCAGAGUUGAGGUGGAAGAUCUGGAAUUUCUGUGAUGUAAACUCCUUUCUAAAUGGACUCAUGGAGCUGUUCAAAGGAAAUCUGUUAUAUGGACAACAACUGAGGAAAGCGGAUAUAAGUCUAGAUCCAGAGACAGCUCAUCCUCAGCUCAUCUUGUCAGGAGAUCGCAAAAGUGUAAAAUGGGGAGACGAACUUCAAGAUCUACCAAAUAAUCCUGAGAGAUUUGACUUACGGGCUUUCGUGCUGGGACGUGAGGGAUUCACACAAGGCAGAUACUUCUGGGAAGUCCUUGUGGGAAGUGAGGGAACCUGGGCCGUGGGGGUGGCCAGAAAGUCUGUGAGGAGAAAAGCUCCCCUUACCAUAAGUCCCAAGGAAGGGAUCUGGGCUGUAGGGAUGUCAAAUGGGAAAUACUGGAGCCAGCAAUCUCCUGAUGUCCCUCUUCAGACCGUGAGCAGGAAGCUGACCAAGAUCCAAGUGAUUCUGAACUAUGCUGGAGAGCGGGUGGCCUUUUUUGAUGCCGAUACAGGGUCUCUUCUGUACACAUUUUUGACAGCCUCAUUCUCUGGAGAGACCCUUCUUCCCUUCUUCUAUCCCAAAAAAUCUCACCUCAGUAUUUCUCCGUAAAACAGCUAAGGGUGAGAUUAGUCAGUAAAAAAAGUGCCUAUCAGGCCAAAACUAAAAGAAAAAUCAGGCAAAAACACUGCGGCAUCAUAAAGACUGGUUUUAACGUGUGCUUUCGUGGAACGUGUCCAUUUCCUCAGAAAGGUGUGCAUCUGAUCUGGAAAGGGUCACUUUUUGAGGACCAAUUUCUCUUUAAGUGACCCCUCCAUCCAUCAAGGAGUUGCUCCAGUUCAGCUUCCAAAUGUAGUACUACUGGCCAAAAAAGGUCUAACUUGGACAUAGAUUUGGGUCGGGCUGGAACACUACUAUCGAUACCUUGUGUGAUUGGCAAGAAGCAGCUCACACCAGACUGUGCCGUCCAGAAUGUAAGCUAGAUGCCUGUGUGAUCACACUCUAGGUCUGCCUCAGAGGCCCUCUUUCCCAAACCAGAAAGACUAAUACAUAACUCAGUGCUUAUUGCUCCGACAUACGUCUUCCAUUUCUGUAAGAUCUCCUCAACAGUCUUCCAGUCACUGAAGUUAACUCACUCAAAUUAUGUCUAAUUUUCUCUCAGUUCUUCCCAGAUUUUUGUCUCUGAAGCUCAAUUCUUUAAGAGACAAUAAGAUUCGUAAUCACAAAAAUGCUGAAACUAUUCUCAAACUAGUCAUAGAGUCGAUCCUGGAUUUCAUUUUCUCCCCCUCCUCUCAAGACUUUCAGUAGCUGUUCUGAUGAAAAACAAGUCCUUCAAAUCCUGCUGUUAAUUUUUAGAGACCUUCAUGUAAUGCAGAUGAACAUGCUUGGGGACUAAUUUUUCACACUCUGAAGCAUAUUAUUAAAGUUUUGUCUCCUU